AGUGUGUCAUAGCUACAAGCUCAAUGGGGAUUCGCUGAUCAGUGUUGAUAAAAACAGUACUAUUUCAGUUGAAACAAACAUCAGUCACACAAGAAUAACAAGGCAGCAGAUGAUGUCCGUCGUUCAACAAAACUACCUACCAAUAUUGAAAUGAACUUGGUGUAAACCUGUAUAAUAGUAUAUCAAGUUGAUGACUUAUAGUCUAAAACAAUAACCAAUUAUUCAAUGGCCACAAAACAAUCUUAUUGGACUGGUGCACACUUUUGUGGAUUGAGAUCUCAAACCAAUAUAUAUGGACUUUCCAAAAUUAGUUCCCAAGAUGGCCUGACUAAAGUUUUAGCUGUAUCAAUUGAUGGCCACUUUGUGACUGUAGAGUAUCAAAAAUCUUUUGAUAAUAGAUUGAUACCUAUAACUAAAGAAGAUAUUUUUCACAACACUGGCCCUUCGGGACCAGGAGAGGUAGAAAUAGUUUCUGUUGAUGUCAUCUCUAAUGCUUUUCUGAAAACCGGUACUGUUCUUGCAGUUUCUAUACUAAAGUUAGAAGCAUCUUAUGAAGAAAAGUCCCCAAGUGCAUAUCUAAAUAUUUAUUUUAUGCCUGACAAAGACUCAAACUCAAUAUAUCCAAAUAUCAGUGAUGCAAUAAACCAAUCACAUGUCCAACAGUUGGGUCUAGAUUUCAUUCCAUUCAAGCUUAUAAAUCACCAAAUCUACACAUCAGACGACUCAGGGGAAACUUGUCUUUUACUUAGUGGCAGUGACAACAAGGUUCAUAUGUAUAGACAGUCAAGAGAUUGCAUAUCAUUUUAUGAAGAGUCUGAUGCCAAUGAGUACUUCCCUGAGUUUGCUAAAAUAGAAGGGUGUGUUACACAGAUGGAGCUUCGGUCAAUUAAUGACUCUCACAGGUUAACUGUUGUGGGUACACAGACUGGCCUCGUCACUUUAAGCUUGGUUAAUGUAGUCUCUAGAGAGAUUGUUGAGAUGUGGGUCACAGAGCAGGACAGCCCAAUCACAAGCUUACACUUCUUCACACAACAUGCUCAUGCUCCUUGUCCAAACUUUCUAGACAUUCAAGAAGAUCCUGCCACAGGUGAUGAGGAAGUGAAACCUGAAGAGGUGAAUCUACUGGUCACCUCAGCCAUUGACCCAGCUCUGGUCUUCUGUGAUGUUAUCAACUCUGGGCUGUCCAAAAGCCACACCCUCCCUCUCAGCAACUCCCAUGAUGUGGUUCUUUGCUCCUGUGUUGUGGAUAUUGACUUUGAUGGUGAAAAUGAAAUCCUAUUGGGAACAUAUGGCCAGGUUCUUCUUGCCUAUAAAUUUAUUUAUGAAAAACCUGCAGCUUCAUUGAUGACUUCAACACCUUUUCAGUCCCCCUUACCUGUCCCAGUAAAUGAGACAUUUUCCUCUCCAGGUGAGGACAGGAGCACGGGGGAGCAGGAUAAAUCUGAAACAAGACGUAGACACAAAUCAAUGGCUGCUACCUUGGAGGGCAUGGACAGCAAACAUGAGUGGCAUCGAGCUGAUGAGUGUUCACUUGUUGAUACCAGUCUAAAAGAUGCACAGAUGGCUCGGCUGGUCAGGUCCCAGGAAAACCUGGCCAUCCUGUCACCAAAGUCAGUUUGUUUCACCACACCAGACAGCCAGCUCUCAUCAGAUCCUACUGCUUCAAAUAAUUCUCUGCCAGACAUGAGUGACUACCCUCAGUACAAGCUGGCAUGGACAAAACCAUUCUCUGAUCCAGUCAUGGCCCUGACCUUUGAUGACGUGAUGGGGGAUGGAGUUCUUGACCUCGUAGUAUUAACUUUAAAGGGACUCCAUAUUUUAGAGCCUGAUUUAAAUGUUGUAGCAGCAUUAAUGCUGGAGAGAUUGAGAUCUCUGUGUGAAGCAGAGAGUGACACAGAGGAUUCCCAGCCGCCAGCUGAUUAGUGGAAGAACAUUUAUACACAUCUUAUGUCAACCAUCUUGAAAUUAUUCCAAUUAAAAUCAUGUUAUUUUUCUACUAUAAUUUAAUUUGUCUCUUAUUUAAAAACAAACACAACUUUAGAUAUUAGUAUACAACUCACCAAGCUUAUUUAGGGUCAAAAUCUGUAUCUAAAGCUAAUUAAGUCUGUGAAUGGUCAUAUAUGAAC